GUUGUUGUUGCGGCUCAUCUUGACUGUGAUUCCCGCCAAACACACAACCACAUACACACACGAGACAGCCAGGACUGCCUUGCUUGGACGUGGAGCACUUCGUCUGCUCGCCCUCAACCACCGGCACCAACCACCGGCACCACCUAUCUAUCUUCAAGCAAGCAAGCAAGGAAGCACACCAGGAGGACGCCAUGCCGCGGUCGGCAAAGAAGAAGAAGCAGGCUGAUGCUGACCACCCGCUGUAUGGGGUGGUGGCCUUUAUCGACGUGCACUGCGAAGGUGCGGAGAGCAAGGCCGUCAUCCAGUCCAAGAUCCAGGAGCUUGGCGGCCGCGUCGUCGCCUCCUUCUCCAAGACCGUCACCCACGUCGUGUUCAAGGACGGGAAGAAGUCGACGCUGAGCAAGGCUGUUGCCCGGCCCGAGGUGCGGCUGGUCAGUGUCAUGUGGGUGGAAGAGUGCAGCAAGCAGCGCCAGCGCGUGGACGAGGCGCCCUUCCUUGUCGAUCCAGAGACCACCCCACCGGCAUCCAAGCGCUCCAAGUCCAUGAAGCCGCAGGCCAUUGGCAGCACCGCCACCAGCGCCCAGUCCACCCCAAAGGCGCCCGCCAGCAAGGUCCUUUGCGAAGACACGCAGGCCUUUGACGACGACGACGACGACGACGACGACGACGAGCAAGUGGGCGACAGCGCUGCAGCAACCAAAGCCACGACGACCACGGGCGGUGGCAAGGCGGCACCAUCGACAGCAGCAUCGGUUGUUGUGCCGGAGAGCCCAAUGGCCUCUGGUGUUCCCGCAACGCCAGCCCACGGCAACGGCAGCAACGGCGGUGUUGAUGAGGAGGAGCACGCGUCGCCGGCGAUUCCGCGGCAGCCGUCGCUCGUGUUUGACUCGCCAAACAUGGAGGACAGCAGCAACCUCGCCAACGCCGAGGAAGAGCAAGAGAAGGGCGAGGAGCAAGCCGGCAACGGCAACGACAGUGGUGAGGCUGCGGCGACAGGGCAGCAGCAGCAGCAGCAAGAGGAGAAAGAUGAGGGCAAGGGCAGCAAGAAGACGCCCGUGAAGCGCAAGCUGCUGAGCCGCAAGAAGAAGGACGCAACCGCCGCCACCAAGCAACAGCAACAGGGUGGUGGUGGUGCGGAAGAGGGUGAGGAGGCAGACGGAUCGGAGCACAAGGCGGCGAGUGCUGGCGAGGGCUCUGGUGGGGACGAGGACCGGAAGGAGCAAGAGGGAAAGCCCAGCAAGCCCUCAAAGCUCAAGGACGUCACCAACAGCAACAGCAACAAGGCAAAGGCGAAGAUGGCCACCAAGAAGAAGAGUGUGACGGACGGACACAGCGACGGGAACGACAACGGCGACGAUGAGGAGCAGCAGGACGACGACGCGAACAAGGCAGGGAACAACAAGAGCAAGAAGACAAAGGCCGCCGCCAACACCGCCCCACGCAAGAAGCGCAAGAUUCUUGGUCAUGUCGUUCUCAGCGGACUCGAUGCGGCGGAUUUGGAUGUUGCGUAUGCGACGAUUGAGGCGCUGGGCGGGUUUGACAUUCUGCCUGCGUUUUCGGACGAGGUGACGCACGUUGUCUCUGGCGGCAAGCGCACGCUCAAGGUGCUGGAGGGCAUCACCCGCGGCUGCUGGGUCGUGUCGAUGGACUGGAUCCACGGCAGCAUGCAGGCUGGCCACUGGCUCGACGAGGACCAGUUUGAGCUCGCCGACACCUUCCCUGGCGUUGCCAUCUCCCGCCAGCGGCGGCAGGGGCUUGCCGCGUCCGCCACCACCAGCCCGCUCUUCCCAAAGAACGUCACCGUCUACAUUGGCGCACAAACGUCACCAAACCGCCAGUUUCUCCAGUCGCUCGUCACCCGCAGCGGCGGGCAGCUGUCGCGGAGUGCGCCUGCUGCGAGCAUUGUGGUUGGCCGGCCCGGGUGCAAAGGCGGGCCCGAUGCCGUGCGCGGCAAGGAGGUGGUCUCGGAGAAGUGGCUGCUCGACUGCAUCACACAGCAGGCGCCCGUGCCCACGGACAAGUACAGCGUGGACGUGGAGAAGCUCAUGGCAGAGCCCUGGGUUGCCCCCGCCCCCGACCAGGGCGCAGACGUCCUCGCACACCUGGAGGGCAUGGACGAGCAGCCAGACAACGCCAAUGGUGAGGGAGACGACGACGAUGACGACAAGGAUGACGGCGACGCAGCCCUCUCUGGUGGCGACGACGACGAAGACGACGAUGACGACGAGGACGAGGAUGGCAAGAAGAUGAAGAUGAAGAAGAAGAAGAAGGCGCCAGCGUCCCCAAAGAUGAAGAAGCCACAGCCACAAACCGCAAAGCCCAAGCCAACCGGCGUGCCGGCCGUCAAGGCUGUUGCAGCCGCGUGAAUGUCUUGUGCGUGUUGUUGUGGGAACACUACACGCACAUCUCUUCUGUUUCCAUCUUAACUGCUUUGCUUCCUUUUGCAAACCCAAAUAAACGGAAUUUUGUUGA